AUGGGUAUACCUGUUCGUCUACCGACCGUCUGCGAGAGCCUCGGCCUGGCCCUCCUGGCCUUCGUGGUAUGGGCCGUCAACAUCUGUUUGUACAAGCCUUUGACAUCGCCGCUCAGACACCUUCCCUGCCCAGAGGGUGGCUGGGCUGUAGGAGGCCAUAUCGACCACAUUCUCGACCUAGGGAGUGAAGUCCCGAAUCAAUGGAUUGACGAGCUCGGUCCGACCUUUAUGGUCCGCGGUUUCUUUGCUGUUCACCAUCGUAUCUUCACUGUCGACCCCCGUGCUCUCAAUCAUGUGCUCCAAAACACAGACGUAUACACCAAGCCCGAUAUCUUGCGAAGUCUGGUCAAGAGGUACAUGAAGAAUGGUCUUAUCGUGGCCGAAGGCACGCGACAUAGAAUACAGAGAAAGGUGACGCAGAAGCUCUUUUCGACUGUCAGCACGCGAGCCAUGGGGGUGUUGGUGCAAGACAAGUCAAAUCAGCUUCGAGAGAUCCUUCGUCACCUCUGUGCCAGCCCAACCACCUCGACCCCCUUCUCCCAAGCCAACCCUAUUCUCCCAGCCGGUACUCGUCAAGUCGACGUCUACUCUUCCGCUUCUCGCUGCAUGUUUGACGUCAUCGGCGCCGUAGCUGUCGACUCUGUCAACUCACCCUUCAAUGCCGCGGGCGACUACACCAGCUUUGGGGCCCAUCUGUUCCACAAGUAUGAGAAGAUGCAAUUGUUGUGCAAGGGGGCAAUGGGUCUGAGGAUGUUCUUUAGUUUGUAUUUCCCAUGGAUCGACUCCAUCUGGCCGAGUGAAAAUACUAAGCGCGUAAACGAUGGGAUGGGCUCUCUGCUCGACUUUGCCAAACACCAGAUGGCCGAACGACGCGCCGAGCUCAAGGAAAUGAAUGGGAAGAAGGGCGACGUUGCCGAGAGGCAGGAUCUGCUUACACUCAUGCUGAAACACAACAUGAUGAAGAAUCUCAGUCCUGCAGACAAACUUCGAGACGACGAAAUCUCCGGUCAACUCUCCACCUUCAUGUUUGCGGGCUCCGAGACUACUGCUGGUACCAUCUCUUUUGGCCUCUACGACCUCGCUCGCCAUCCCGAAAUCCAAGCCAAACUUCGGGCAGAGAUUCUUGAAUGUGCCGAGACCUUUACGCCUGAACAGCUUGACGAUCUUCCUUAUCUCGAUGCGGUUGUGAAGGAGAUAUUGAGAUGCAACCCUUCGCUUCCUGGGACGGUGAGAAUGGCGACGAGGGAUGAUAUGAUACCGCUCGCUGUGCCUGUAAAGUUGAAUGAUGGAAGAGUGGUCAGCGAGAUUAGGAUCCGAAAGGGACAGCUUAUCCAUGUGCCUAUCGACCACUUGCAUGCUUGCACGCACAUCUGGGGACCGACAGCCACCGAGUUUGACCCCUCCCGCUUCCUCGACGCUCCCUCAACCUACCCGUCACCAACACCAACCACUCCGUCGUUCCCACCAGAUGCGGCUCCUCAGCCCAGCCCCGUACUUUCCAGCCGACGUACAUCGGUGCCGUCUAUUGUCCCCGCCGGACCGGGAAUCUGGCCAAACUUUAUGACAUUUAUAGACGGACCCAGGAGGUGUAUUGGGUACAAGCUAGCGGUGAUGGAGAUCAAGAUGGUGCUCUUUACGCUUCUAAGAGAAUUUGAAGUGGAGCCUGUCAAAGGAAUCAGGAUCGGGAGGUGGAACAUGUGA